UGUACAGGAGAGCAGGGAAGUUGCUGUGAGGAUUGCAGGAGCGGGGACAUGUGCAGCAGCGCCACAUAGCGGCCGCCGUUACCUUCUUCCUGUCCGGCUCUGCACCCAGAUCGCGGCCCGUGAGCCUGUUGUUACCUCACGAAGCCCAUAGAGCGCCAGGCCGGGGACAUGAAGAUGACGGUGGAUUUCGAGGAGUGCCUGAAGGACUCGCCCAGGUUUAGAGCAGCCAUAGAAGACGUAGAAGGGGAUGUAGCCGAACUUGAGCAGAAGCUCGACAAGCUGGUGAAACUCUGCAUUGGAAUGAUCGAUGCGGGAAAGGCUUUCUGUGCUGCCAACAAACAGUUUAUGAAUGGAGUCCGGGACCUGGCCCAGUAUUCUAGCAAGGAUGAAGUGGUUGAAAGCAGCCUGACAAAGUUUUCUGACAGUCUGCAGGAGAUGAUCAAUUAUCAUAAUAUCCUUUUUGACCAAGCCCAAAGAUCGAUUAAGACUCAACUCCAGACAUUUGUUAAAGAAGAUCUUAGAAAGUUCAAAGAUGCCAAAAAGCAGUUUGAUAAAGUUAGCGAGGAGAAAGAAAAUGCCCUUGCAAAAAAUGCCCAGUUGCCAAGAACUAAGCAACAUGAAGUUGAAGAAGCUACAAACAUCCUGACAGCAACCCGGAAAUGCUUCCGGCAUAUUGCACUGGACUAUGUCUUACAGAUCAAUGUGCUUCAAUCAAAAAGAAGGUCUGAAAUUUUAAAAUCUAUGCUGUCUUUUAUGUAUGCCCAUCUGGCUUUCUUCCACCAAGGAUAUGACCUUUUCAGUGAACUUGAGCCCUACAUGAAGGAUUUAGGAGCACAGCUGGGUAAUCUUGUUGUCGAUGCCGAUAGAGAAAAGAGAGACAUGGAGCUUAAACAUUCAACAAUUCAACAAAAGGGUUUAUCUGCUGAUGACUCCAAUCUGGAAUGCAAUGUGGACGCAGAAAAUGGUAUUGUUAUGGAAGGAUACCUGUUUAAACGAGCCAGCAAUGCUUUCAAAACCUGGAACAGGCGCUGGUUUUCAAUCCAGAAUAAUCAACUUGUAUAUCAGAAGAAAUUUAAGGAUAAUCCUACUGUUGUUGUUGAAGACUUGCGUCUGUGCACAGUCAAGCACUGUGAAGAUAUUGAGAGACGCUUCUGCUUUGAGGUGGUUUCUCCUACUAAGAGCUGUAUGCUGCAGGCGGACUCUGAGAAGCUGCGCCAGGCAUGGAUUAAAGCUGUUCAGACAAGUAUUGCUACAGCUUACAGAGAAAAGGGGGAAGAAGCAGAGAAAAUGGACAAGAAGCCUUCCAUGUCUAACAGUAGCCCAGUGUCAGAGACAAAAGAGAAGCUGGUUAAAGGGGAGAGUGCCCUACAGCGAGUGCAGUGUAUCCCUGGUAAUACAAAGUGCUGUGAUUGUGGCUUACCCGAUGCUCGCUGGGCCAGUAUUAAUCUUGGCAUCACUUUAUGCAUUGAAUGCUCAGGAAUUCAUAGGAGUCUUGGUGUCCAUUUUUCAAAAGUGCGAUCUUUAACUCUGGACACAUGGGAGCCUGAACUACUAAAGCUGAUGUGUGAAUUGGGGAAUGAUGUAAUAAAUAGUAUAUAUGAAGCACGAGUGGAUGCCAUGGGAGUAAAAAAGCCUCAGCAUGGAUGUCAAAGGCAGGAGAAAGAAGCUUACAUCAAAGCUAAGUAUGUGGAGAAGAAGUUUGUGGAUAAUAGUGGUGAAUCUUUACUGACGGCAAGAAAGAAAAUGUUAUCCCGGAAGAGCAGUGAGAACCGUCUAAGCUCCACUGAUAAAAGCCUAGGUGUGGACCAGCAGAGCAGAACUCCAUCCAGAGCUUCAGUGAGAAGCAAUGACAGUGGAAUACAGUUUAGUGCAGACGGUAGUCGGGAGCUCCUAGCAUCUGCAGUGUCCUCCAACAGUUUGUAUGAUGCAGAGAUGGAAAAAAAGAAUGAAAAGAGGGAUUCUGCAGUAUUUCAAGACCCUGCGAGCACGAAAACGGUUAUUCCAGGACUUAAGCUAUACCAGGCAGCUUUUCAGAAAAACCUUCCAGCAAUGGCUGAAGCAUUGGCUCAUGGAGCUGAAGUCAACUGGGUUAACACAAAAGAAAACAAUGAUACUCCUCUAAUACAGGCAGUGCAUGGGGGAUCGCUGAUGGCUUGUGAGUUUCUACUCCAAAACGGGGCCAAUGUUAACCUUCUUGAUGUCAAAGGAAGGGGACCAUUACAUCAUGCGACUGUGCUUGGCCACACAGGGCAGGUCUGUUUAUUCCUGAAGCGUGGGGCCAAUCAACAUGCUACCGAUGAAGAUGGAAAAGAUCCUUUAAGCAUUGCAGUUGAAGCUGCUAACGCUGAUAUAGUAACACUAUUACGCUUGGCACGUAUGAAUGAAGAGAUGCGGGAAUCAGAAGGUUUUUACGGUCAACCAGGCGAUGAAACAUACCAAGAUAUAUUCAGAGAUUUUUCCCAUAUGGCGUCCAACAAUCCUGAAAAACUGAAUCGUUUUUAGCAGCCAGAUUCACAGAAGUCUUGAAUUUUAUUCAACUUGAGUUUUACUUCACCUUUAAUAUGAGUAUUCAAUCACAAUGGCAGAACUAUUUAUUAGCCCAGUCUUUAAAUGUACAAACCAGUAGUUUGCAGCCCUUGGUAACUGGGUUUAGCAUUCCACGUGUCCACCUGAGAAGGUAUUACUGCCCUGCGAAAUCCCUGGUGAUCGAUGGCUGCCUCCUUAGAAAUCUCGUAGGUAUUUUCUUUGUGUUGAGUAUAUGAACAAAUAUGAAUUCAGCCUUGUUUAUAGCUAUCACUAUAUAGGGUCCACCAAAGGCUGUGUUGCCGCGUUUUCUAGUCCCUACAUGAAGAGGACCAAUAGACUUACUGCUUGAUCAGUUAUACCCCUUGUUGUAAAGAAAUCUGCACCUUCUUCGAAAGCAUUGCACUAGCUUGUUAGAACAGUCAGACAUUUUGGAUGAAGAUAUAUCUAAACAUAAUUAUACAUAUGAAGUCUAAAAGAAGACAAAGCAUUAUCCGCUGGCCAAAGACAUGCUGCCGUUAACCUAACAUCCAUGUCUAAAAUUGAAUACCCAUCUUUUUUAAUGGGUAGUUUGAAAGGCAUGAUUGACACUAUAGAUGUUACUUGGUCAUCUUCAUUUUCCAACUAUCAUUAAUCUACUGUUAAAGGGCAAAACUAAAGCCAUAUUGUAAUAUACCAAAAUACACUAUUAGUAUACUACCGAUUUUAGGAAAUUAAAACAUUCAGUGUGUGUUUGCUACAUGUCCAAUUAUGUCUGUAUUAUAAAAUCGGUCAUCAAACUAGUUCUCGGAUAUAUUCACACAAUGAUGCAAUAUGCAUUUACAUAACCUCCAGCUUUCCUUCUCAGCUGUUCAGUUCUGUCAUUUGUGGACCUAUAUUAGAGACUGUAAAUUUGUUAAAUACAAAUAUGCCUCCAUUAUCUGUCUUCCUGCCUGUAGAUGCCUAUUAAAUUUGAAUGGACCACAGUUUCCAAAGUUGCUGUAUCUGAUAUAGUGCAGGGUGGAGUACGUUUUAAAGCUUUCUAAUGUAUGAUAAAGCCAUACUGUAUACCACAUUUUAUAUAGAUAUUUUUGUGAGUUAGAGUGUUGUACAUAGCAUGUAGUUUUAUUAAAUGUAUUUUAAUUACAUUGAUUAUCCACGGACAGUUAAACUGAUGGCACUGGGAGGUUAUUCGAAUGUGACAGGGAAUCAUGGAAAGAAGAGGACCCAUUCUUCAUUGGGAAAGUAUGUAUUUUAUACAAUACAUUGAAGUCUCAGAUGGAGAGUACCGAGUCAUUUUAAAGAGUUUUUCUCUCCCAAAUACGCUCCUUUUCCGUUCUGCCAUUUUAGAUUUAUAUAAUGAUAUUCUGCCCUAUGGGAGGGUUAUUUUUUCCUGAUCUAUAUCACAAUGGCUGUUGCAGGUUCUGUCCUACCAUAGACGUCACAUACACUCCUGAUCAACAGUAAAUAGUUAGAUAUCUGGUUACAUAAAAAAUAUAUAUUUGUCUGCAACCUGCAAUUUGUUUUCAGACACCCUGAUAUUCAGUUUGCUACCUGUCCCUAAGUUUAGACAUUUCUCAUUUCUCCGUCAGUGGUCCACUCUGAAUGUAUUACACAGCCUUGCAGACUACCUUCUAUGUGCUUUCCUCCCUACCUGAAGCCUGUGUAAGCUGUUGUCGUUGAUUUCCCUCCCCUUCACACUGCCGCAUACAACUUUCUCCCCCUCCCUGCUGCUGUCUCUAACACUGAGAGAAGGGAGGGGGAGAGCAGAGUGAAGCUGUCAAAAAAGGAAGCAUUGCUCUGAUAGAUUUAGCAGCACCCAACAGCUAGAUGAAGGACUUACACAAAGUGGUAGGAUUUUAUUUUUUUUACUUUUGCCUUUAGGAAACAAAUGAACAAACAACCACUGCAGAGGUAUUUACAGCCUUUAAAGGGUUUGUCCGCUUAUUACUUUUUAGGAUAGGCCAUCAGUAUCAGAUUGGCAGAGGUCCAACACCCGACACCCCUGUCGAUCAGCUAUUUGAAGAGAAAGCAGCGCUUAUACGAGUGCUGCCUGCUCUUCUCUGUUUACCUACUCGCAGCAGCAACUGCAGCGGCAAGUAGUGUAAUUACAGGUAUGAUGUCCCCAUUCACUUUUAUGGGACUGCUCCGUCCUAUUCACUUGGUCAGGAGCCAUCCUAUAGAAUUGAAUGGGGACGCCAUAGUUGUAAUUACACUGCUUGCCUCUGAUAUUGCUGCAGCGGUACUUUCUCUUCAAACAGCUGAUUGUUACCCUGCCGAUCUGAUAUUUAUGACGUAUCCGGAGGAUAGAUUACCAAUAGUAAAAAGCAGACAACCCCUUUAAGCUCCAGUCUUUAGUUAUUAAGAUUUGAACAUAUUAUGAAAGUUAACAAAAAAGUAAAGGAGAUAAUUUAGCUGAACAUUCAAAAAAAAAUACAAAAUAAAAUAAUAAUUAUUGUAAUAAAAAGGUGACCUGAUUCUAAGGAACACAACAUAUGCGAGCGGGGUAAGUAUAUAACUGGUGAGGGGCCCAGCACAUGGGGGGGGGGGGGGGGGGUUAUUUCUGGAAAUUGGAUAACCCCUUUAAUAUAAUUUCAGUUGACCUGAAUUAUUAGCUUACAUUUUUUUGUUUGUACCAGUGAUCUUUUUACUUUGUUGCAAGCAGUUGAUAGUUAUUGAUAAGCUGAUGAGCUGAUAGUAUUAGUGGCAUAGGCAAGGCGUUAUAACUAGGGAUCGACCGAUAUUCAUUUUUUAGGACCGAUACCGAUAAUCUGUGAACUUUCAGGCCGAUAGCCGAUAAUUUAUAUCGAUAUUUUAUAUA